AUGGGAAAGAAUAACUAUGGACUUUGUUUCGGGCUUCCACGCACUCAAAGAAAUCAUGAUGCAAUUUGGGUUAUAGUUGAUAGGCUAACCAAAAGUGCUCAUUUCUUGGCCAUCAGAAUGGACUACCCACUUGUACAUUUAGCAGAAUUGUACAUUAAUGAGAUUGUGAGGCUACAUGGUGUACCUGUUUCUAUUGUAUCUGACCGAGACCCAAGGUUUACAUCCAGAUUCUGGACUAGCUUGCAAGAAGCUUUGGGCACUAGGUUGAACUUUAGUACUUCUUUUCGUCCUCAGACGGACGGCCAGUCCGAGAGGGUGAUUCAAAUCUUGGAAGAUAUCCUUCGAGCUUGCAUUAUGGAAUUUGAGGAAAAAUUGGUUGGUCCUGAGAUUGUGCAACAAACUGAGGAUAAAGUAAAAGUCAUCAAGGAUCGUCUAAAAAUUGCUUCGGAUAGACAAAAGUCUUAUGCUGAUCUCAAGAGGCGUGAAAUUGAGCAUCAAGUGAGAGAUAAGAAGAUAUCACUUUAUCCGUCUCAUGUUCUUCCCGUCAAUCCAUUCGAGGUCAGCCCUAACUUGACAUAUGAAGAGGAACCUAUCCAAAUCUUGGCGCAUGAGACAAAAGAGCUUAGAAACAAGAAAAUCCCAUUAGUAAAAGUCCUUUGGAGAAAUCGUUCUGGCAAAGAAGCUACCUGGGAGCGAGAAGAGGAUAUGCGAAUUCAAUAUCCACAGUUGUUUUGA